CGCUGCACCACCGCGCCUAGACGUGGGAGCACCCUCUGCUUGCCAGCGCGUGGCCUGGAAUAUGGCUAGGUGGCCUCGGGACCUGCACUCCAAGAUCCAACCUUGAUCGACUCCCAGUUCUGUAUCCCUCUCUCGAUCGCUAUAAAUCCCGGGACGAUCUCGUGAUGUUGGAUAAGCACAACCAGCAGCUGUAGAUCGACCAUCUGAUCCUACCACUCACUAGCAGAUCGAGCAGAGAAUCGGUGAGCAAUGGAGGCGACCAAGGAGAGGCGGGAGCAGCAGCAGCAGCGGAAGGCCGCCGGCGCCGGCGAGGACGGCGACUCGGUGCAGCUGCCGACGGAGACGAGCCCGUACGUGCAGUACAACAAGGACGACGGCCUGGAGGACUACAAGAUGCGUGCCUACGGCGCCAAAGGCCACCUCCCCGUCUCCGACCUCCCCCACGGCGGCACCGGCACCGACGCGCCCACCAUCCCCGGCACCGCCCUCCCCACUCAGCAACUGAACCUGCAUGGGCGCCAGCAGCCGCAGCGUGGGCAAGGUGGGGACGCUGGCGCUGGCCGCGCCGACGAGGCGGCCACCGACACCAUCAACCGCCACGGCGUGCCGUAGUUCGAUCGUAGCUGGCUAGCUUGAUCCAGGCAGUGUUCAGUGUGCCACAUGGAAAAACAAUAAAGUUUGCUUUCAGCUCCUACUUGUUGCUCGAAAAAUAAGAAUCUCAUUGCUGGUUUGUCGCUGAUGAUGGAUCAGCCUGCCUAACCCCUAUUUGCAAUGGAAAAUUGGCCUGCGAAUAUUAUUUUGCUC